CGGGGAGUGGGAGUGCUGCGGCGCGCGCUGUCCGCCCCCGGGGAGGGGCACGUGGUCCUGGAAGGGGGGGUGGUCCCGAAACACCUGGGUAUGCCCGAGUCCUUGCCCACCCUUCCCCCCGGCUUGGAGAUAGUUUCUCCACCCCAUGGUCCCUAAAGAUCUAGGGUUCCGUGACCCCCGGAGGGCGCGGUCAUUUUCCCUCUCCCCUGCAGCGCUUUGGGACCCCGGCAUCUUCUCAGCCUUCACCCCCACCCCCUCCAAAAAAAAAAAAAAAAAUCCCAGCCUCUCUGCAUCCCGGAGAGACAUUAAGGACUUCAACUCCCAAAAGCCCGUGCAGCACCGGGUGUGUAUGAAGCUUCAGCAGUGUGGCUGCAAAGCCUGCCGGGAAUUGUAGUCUUUGAGCGCACCGGACGCUGGGAGCCCGGAGGUGGGAGGGGGUGGUUGGUCCUCUCGGGGGUCACCUGGGGUCGAGCAUUUGGCCCGAGUGAAAUAAGAUGUAAAGCUCAAACCGAGCUUUUACUCCUGGCCACAGCCCCAGAUCCAGCUCCCACCUCUCAUUACCUGGCGUCUGGGGGACGGGUCCAAGCCACUUGCUUGUCCGCCCCCCAACCCCCAUGGGCGGCCGACCGCCGCCACCUGGGCUGCCAUCCAGGACGAGGCGGGGAUAAGCGCAGGUGGUGGCCACCAUGUCAGGGGACUAUGAGGAUGACCUCUGCCGGCGGGCCCUUAUCCUCGUCUCAGAGCUCUGUGCGCGGGUCCGUGAUGCCGACACGGGUGACAGAUGCCAGGAGUUUGAGAACCUGCGAAUCCGAGGCUAUCCCCGGGGACCGGAUGCAGACAUCUCCGUGAGUCUGCUGUCGGUGAUCGUCACCUUCUGCGGCAUCGUCCUGCUGGGUGUCUCCCUCUUCGUGUCCUGGAAGCUGUGCUGGGUGCCGUGGCGGGACAAAGGCGGCUCGGCUGUGGGCCUGCGCAAGGACCUGGCCCCGGGGGUGGGGCUGGCAGGUCUGGUCGGUGGCAGUGGACACCACCUGGGGGCGGGCCUGGGCGGCCAUCCGCUGCUGGGCCCCCACCACCAUGCACACACUGCCCACCACCCGCCCUUCGCUGAGCUGCUGGAGCCUGGCGGCCUCGGGGGCGCCGACCCCCCGGAGCCCUCCUACUUGGACAUGGACUCAUACCCAGAGGCCGCGGCCGCUGCAGCCGUGGUCGGGGUCAAGCCCAGCCAGACCUCCCCAGAGCUGCCCUCCGAGGCCACGGGAGGCUCCGGGCUGCUCCUGCUGCCCCCUAGCAGCGGUGGCCUGCCCAGCGCCCAGUCCCAUCAGCAGGUCACCAGCCUGGCACCCAGCAGCAGGUACUCGGGCUUGCCGCGGCCCCUCACCCAGCAGACUCUCACCUCCCAGCCCGACUCGGGCCCGGAGGAGCGCCCGCCUGCUCUGCCCGUGCCAGUGGCCGUGGGCGGGGAGGAGAAAGCCAAGCUGAUUGGGCAGAUCCAGCCCGAGCUGUACCAGGGCACAGGCCGGCGCCCUGGGGAGGCGGGCGCGGGGGCGCCCUGUGGCCGCAUCAGCUUCGCCCUGCGCUACCUGUACGGCUCGGACCAGCUGGUGGUGCGGAUCCUGCAGGCCCUGGACCUCCCGGCCAAGGACUCCAACGGCUUCUCCGACCCCUACGUCAAGAUCUACCUGCUGCCUGACCGCAAGAAGAAGUUCCAGACCAAGGUGCACAGGAAGACUCUGAACCCCGUGUUUAAUGAGACCUUUCAGUUCCCGGUGCCCCUGGCCGAGUUGGCACAGCGUAAGCUGCACUUCAGUGUCUACGACUUUGACCGUUUCUCCCGGCACGACCUCAUCGGCCAGGUGGUCCUGGACAACCUCCUGGAGCUGGCCGAGCAGCCCCCCGACCGCCCACUGUGGAGGGACAUUAUGGAGGGAGGCUCGGAAAAGGCAGACCUUGGGGAGCUCAACUUCUCGCUCUGCUACCUGCCUACCGCAGGGCGCCUGACUGUGACCAUCAUUAAGGCGUCUAAUCUCAAAGCGAUGGACCUCACGGGCUUCUCAGAUCCCUACGUGAAAGCCUCUCUGAUCAGCGAGGGGCGGCGUCUGAAGAAGCGGAAAACCUCCAUCAAGAAGAACACGCUGAACCCCACGUACAACGAGGCGCUGGUGUUCGACGUGGCCCCUGAGAGCGUAGAGAACGUGGGGCUCAGCAUUGCAGUGGUAGACUACGAUUGCAUUGGACACAAUGAGGUGAUUGGUGUGUGCCGUGUGGGCCCCGAAGCUGCCGACCCCCACGGCCGCGAGCACUGGGCCGAGAUGCUGGCCAACCCUCGCAAGCCCGUGGAGCACUGGCAUCAGCUUGUGGAGGAAAAGACUUUGAGCAGCUUCACCAAAGGAAGCAAAGGAUUAUCAGAGAAAGAGAACUCUGAGUGAGGGUCUGGCCCAGGCCGGGAUUCUGCCGGCCCCCGGGACCUCAGCCCUCCUGCGCGGACAGUGAAUUCAUCUUGAAGCCAUAGUGUCCGUGCCCUGUGGUGCGGGCCGCCCUGGGCUUGCAUCCUUCUGCCCUGGCAGCGGGAGGGUGGGAGGCACGUGGGCCCAGCCCCCCGGUUCAGGGUGGGGGGCAUUUGGGCUCCCCUGUGUCCAUCUCCCCUUCCAGACGAGGGGCUGUGCAUGUCUGGGGGACUCCCGGCCCCAAACCCUGUCUGUCUGUCUCUCUGGUGUUUGUCCUAGACGUGGUGUCCUAAGCCUUGUUCUGGUCCCCGCUGUGACUGUCAGUGUCCCAAGCCCCCGUGUCCCCCAGAGACAUGUACCUGUGUCUCCCCCUCUGUCCACCACACCCCACGUCUGGCCGGUCCCCCCACUGCUGCUGCUAUCAACGCCAGAAUAAACACACCCCGGUCCCACUGCA